UUAAAUUUUACUUUCAUUAUCAUUAGUACCAAUGUACCAUAAUAAUGUUUUAUAAGCCAAAAAGCAAAAUCCACCAACCCCUUUUUGUCGAAUAAAAGAAUAUUACUAAUCACCGGUUCUGUGACUGCACUCUCAGUAUUUGUGUAUCAGCUCUUUUGUUAUACACCAUUUCACCAGCCGACGAAAGCAAAAAAAAAAAAAAAUGGCUUUGACAUUGAUGUUGGCUUCUUCUAGGAUUGCUUCUCAUCUCAGGAUCUCGUUGUCCCAUCGAGCGUUUUCUUCCGUGGUAUUAAAGGAUCUGAAAUACGCGGAUUCACAUGAAUGGGUGAAGAUUGAAGGGAAUAAAGCGACGGUUGGUAUAACGGAUCACGCUCAAGAGCAUUUAGGAGACGUUGUCUAUGUAGAGUUGCCUGAUGUGGGACGUUCUGUGUCUCAAGGUGAGAGUUUUGGCGCUGUCGAAAGCGUCAAAGCUACUAGUGAUAUCAAUUCACCAAUCUCUGGUAAGGUCCUUCAAGUCAAUAAGGACCUUUCCGAGUCCCCUGCUUUGGUGACNUCGAGCCCAUAUGAAGAAGGAUGGAUCAUAAAAGUGGAGCUUAGUGAUGCAGGGGAAGUGAAGAAACUAAUGGAUUCAGACAAGUACUCCAAGUUCUGCGAAGAAGAAGAUGCCAAGCACUGAGCCUUCUUCUAGUUUUGUUCUGUUUGUCUAAGCAUUUCACUGUCAGCUACAUGGUCGGAAAAAUCCAUUUGUGUCAAAUACAUGAAAUCAAGAGAGAAGUCUCUCUCCUUCUCGGGCUUUGAUGUUUAUUUUACUGGCCUUAAUAAUAACAAAAAGCUUUGGCAUUCA